CACCCAGGGUGCUUCAGCUUUCUGUUUGGCCUCAAAUGCUUUGUUGUCUCUCCGGUGGAGCCCACAGUUGCCUGUGCUCAGCUCUGGCCCUCCCGUCUCUUCCUUCUCUUCUAUCUCCUCCCUCCCCCUCCAGUGUUCCCAGCCGCCCGCUCUUCUAGUUCCCUUGCUGCCCACCGAGAAGAUGAUGACCUCGAGCUACUGGAGUGAGAGCAGCAGCAGCAGCUGCGGGCACCAGCAGCGGCCGGAGCCUCUGCAGAUUCCGUCCAGCUUGCAGUGCCAGCCCCAGCAGUACCACUGCUACCACCAGUCGAGCCAAGCGCAGACGCAGCCGGACAAGAACGUGGUGUACGAGCGAGUGCGGACCUAUAGCGGCCCCAUGAACAAGGUGGUGCAGGCUCUGGACCCCAUUGGCUCUCCUGCGGAAGUGCUCUCUCCUAUCAAAGCUUCCUCCUCCUACCAAAACUUGGUGUGGAGCAGCGAUCAUUCCCAGGAACUCCAUUCUCCAACAUUAAAAGUAGCUACUUGUGCCCCGAAUACUCUGCAUGUGACCCAUAAUAUUGAACAGGAUCUCCAUUCUCCAACAGUGAAAGUGACUACUUAUCCACAGACCACCAUACGGAGAUAUAUAGUCCAAAAUCCUGAUCAGGAACCCCUGUCCCCAUUUCUAAGAGGAGGGAAUUUUUUCCCGGGAAAUAAUGUCAUUUAUGAAAAGACAAUAAGAAAAGUUGAGAAGUUAAAUCCUGAUCAGGAAUGCUACCCUCAGAUUCAGUGCCAACAUCAUGUCAUACAACAGCCACAGAUUGUACAGACUCAGCUCUGCCAGCCACUGCAUUCCACCCAGCAAACUCAAGUCAUCACUGGAAGUACUGGAAGUGAACUGUGCUACAGCGGGUCACAGCCAACCCACGAGCAGGUUAUAGUUGUUCAGGAUGAUGGCCCUGAAAAGCUGGACCCCAAGUAUUUUGGAGAACUGCUUGCCGACCUGAGCCGCAAGAAUACAGACCUGUAUCACUGCUUAUUGGAGCAUCUGCAAAAAAUUGGAGGAAGCAAACGGGACUUUGACUCUACAGAUGAGUCAGAAGACAUUGAAGCUUUAAUUCCAAAAGGGCUGUCAGAAUUCACAAAACAGCAAAUCCGAUACAUCCUGCAGAUGAGAGAGAUGUCAAACAAGUCACAUCGGCUGGUAUUGUCUACCUUCAGCAAUAUUCGGGAGGAACUUGGUCAUCUCCAGAAUGAUUUGGCAGCACUAGAAAAUGACAAGAUAAGACUUGAGAAGGAUUUAGCAUUCAAAGAGACUCAAAUAAAGGAGUACGAAGCACUCUUGGAAUCUGUGAGAGCUAAUAACCGCCAACAGCAGCAAGGACUCCAAGACUCUAAUUUAAAAUGCCGGACCUUGGAGGAAACCAUCCUCUCUCUUCGACAUGGCCAGUCAGAUACGGAAUAUCGACUAAAGGAAUUGGAGUACUGUAAAAGAAAUCUGGAACAAGAGAAUAAAAGCCUUAGAAUACAGGUAUCAGAGACCUGUACGGGCCCCAUGCUACAAGCUAAAAUGGAUGAGAUUGGGAGUCAUUACAUGGAAAUGGUAAAGAACCUAAGAAUUGAGAAGGAUAGAGAGAUCUCCAAGCUAAGGGCUCAACUGAACCAGUUUCAAAAGGAUGUUUCAAGAAGGGAAGGAAGUUGCAGUGACUACCAGCUCAAGCUACACGAACUGACAAGCUUAUUGGAAGAAAAGGAUUGCCUGAUAAAGCGGCAGUCAGAGGAACUCUCCAAACUGAAGCAAGAAAAAUAUUCAUCCCACAAUCAGACCUCAGGAGCUGGAAGGACUACUAUCACUACCACUAAAAAAUACCGAACCCAAUAUCCAAUUCUGGGGCUCCUUUAUGAUGACUACGAAUACAUUCCCCCAGGCAGUGACACCCAGACCAUUGUCAUUGAAAAGACAGAAGACAAAUGGACUCGUCCAUGAAUUCAGCAUCUACUGUAUGAAGUUCACCCAAUGAAUGACUGCAUUACUGUUUGUGAUGGGAAAAUAUGACAAAUUAAGGUCAAUCCAAUAUGCCCCAUGAAAAUCUCUGUGGAUGGCAGGUUUUCUAAAGUUUUUACUUCAUACAUACAGAAAAGCAUACUCUACUACUUAGUAUCUUCAAAGACACUGAAUUAUUAGCUUUUGGGGCUGGGGACUUCAUUCUAAUCUAUUAUUUUUCCGCUGAUUAGUUAUUGCAUGCAUGUUCACUUCACUUCAGAUACUAUUUUUGAUGAAGGUAGUUAGAGAGAAAAAAAAUUAAUUAGCAUCUGUUAAAUGGCUUGGAUUUAUUUUUUUCUCCCUUUAUGAGUGAAAGGAAUGCUACAGAUUAGAUAUGUAUACCUCUAGAAGACAUCUCAGGUGAUGGUAUGCUUUACUUAGCCAUGAAAAAGAGAGGAGAGUUCUUACUUCCUUCACCAGUCAAAUAAUUUACAUCGUUCUUUGGUGACUCUAAAUAUAUAUCAAGGAGCCAAAGGAUUCAAGUAAUGACCCUCCCUCACUUAAGAGACUAAAUACCUAAUUUGUAUACUAAGGUACAUGAUAGUUAUAGUUCUGUAGCUGGAAAUAACUUUCUGGAAUUACUUUUAAAAACCUGAUAAAACAUCAAUUUCUGGCUAACCCAUAGAGUUGGCAAAUGAAAGUAUAUAUACUAUUUGCAUUUUAUCAACAUCCCAUUUUGAGCACUUUUUAAGAUUAUUUUUAAAAGGAUGCAUACUUUCUACACAGUACUAACUGCUAUGCCAUAUUAGUUUUAUAUGUGGUACAUGGUUUUAUAAGGGAAUAUUACUAGAGGCAUAAAGGUCAUGGUUUACAUGUAUAUGUACACAUAUAUGUGAUGUAUAAAAGGCAUUCUUAUUAUCUUAAUGUCUGGGGUUUAAAUCUAAUUGGUUAAUCAUUGGAACUACCAGUUUUCUUGAGGUUAUUUUCUGGAUUUCUUUCUAAUAGUCCUUGGAAGGAAGGAGAUAAAAUAGACAAUGUGAAUGGAGCAAGUAAAAAGUUAAUGUCAUUUUUCACUCAACUGGAGCCAAAAAAUAAAGUAGCAACUUGGCUUCAGGGUAACUAUAUUUACCAAUUGAGUUCAUGCCACAAGAUAAUGUUAUUACAAUCAAGGCAUUGUAGCUGCUGCAAAUUUUAAAAAUGAAACCAACUGGGGUCAAUUAAGGGGACCACCUUCCAAAAAUCAUGGUGUAUGUACAUGUUCUAGUGAUGCUCCUAUUACCAUUUAAAGAUCUGUGGUUCUUAAUUCAAUUUGUGAUGAAGAGUAAUGAAAAAGGGCUCUUCACUGGCUAAAUCUGCAAAUUGUAAAAUAUGGUGUCAAAACUAAAUGAGAUAUAUUAUCUUUGUUUACCUCUUCAAAAUUAAUAAAGUGGAAAUGGUAUAUGAAAAA